GAAGUGACGGGAGGCGUUGCGGAAGUCCCUCCAGCCGCGGUGUUGUGCUGGGGAAGACAGACCGAUUUGUAAAUCCCGGAGCGAGAUUCUGCCUGCCGGAGGUCGCUGCUGUGCGGAGACCACCGGGGUGAAGCCACCGCCACCAUGUCUGACCAGGAGGCAAAACCUUCAACUGAGGACUUGGGAGAUAAGAAAGAAGGAGAGUACAUCAAACUCAAAGUCAUUGGACAGGAUAGCAGUGAGAUUCACUUCAAGGUGAAAAUGACAACACAUCUCAAGAAACUCAAAGAAUCAUACUGUCAAAGACAGGGAGUUCCAAUGAAUUCACUCAGGUUUCUCUUUGAAGGUCAGAGAAUUGCUGAUAAUCACACUCCAAAAGAACUGGGAAUGGAGGAAGAAGAUGUGAUUGAAGUUUAUCAGGAACAAACGGGGGGUCAUUCAACAGUUUAGAUAUUCUUUUAAUUUUUUCUUUUCCCUUAAUCCUUUCUUAUUUUUAAAAAUAGUUCUUUUGUAAUGUGGUGUUCAAAACGAAAUUGAAAACAGGCACCUCUCCUUAAAACAUCUGGUAUUUUGAAUUCUAGUGUUCAUUAUUCAUUAUUGUUUGUUUUCAUUGUGCUGUUUUGGUGAUCGAGCCUCAGCCCCCUUCACAUUGCCCUCUUCUUCUAAAAAAAAAAAUUACAUGUGUGCACAGGGUGGUCACCUUUUCCAGGACUGUGCAUUUUCAGUCUGGUGGGAUAAAUAAGAUCGACCAAUGCAGGUGUUCACGAUGACUUUCCAAUUGGCCCCGAAGUUCUAUCAUGUGAUUGCUUCACUCCUGGACUAUGACUUUCAGUGGGAGAUGGAAGUUUUUCAGAGAACUGAACUGUAGAAAAAUGACCUUUCCUUAACUUGAAGCUACUUUUAAAAUCUGAGGGUCUGGACCAAAAGAAGAGAAAUACCAGGUUGGAGUCAUGACGACAUAUGUUGAGAGUAAUGACUAACUCCAAUGAUGGCUUCACUGAAGAGAUAAAGCAUUUUGAGAUUAAAAUAAAAUUCUUGCCAGAAGAUCCCAGAAAAGUUCUAAAUUUCAUUAGCAAUUAAUAAAGUUAUUCAUGCAGAAGUGUGUACAACAGAACACUGCUCUUUUUGAUUUUAUUUGUACUUUUUGGCCUGGGAUAUGGGUUUUAAAUGGACAUUGUCUGUAUCAGCUUCAUUAAAAUAAACAAAAUAUUUGUAAAAACC